AUGGUGGUUUUUGGCGGGAAAAAGCUGAACCAAAUUGUCACCGGAUUCGGCGGCAGCGGCCUUGGCCAGAUAGUCGCCGCCGUCGCUGUAUCCUUCCUUGUUCGAAUCUUCUCCGCUCCCAGUCCCGCUCUGUUGCCGGAGAACGAUGACGACGACGUUGUUCCGAGUAACGAUUCCCCCGACGGUGAAACUCAUACUCCCUCCGGAAAGGUCACGCCGGUUACGAUUCGCUGGAAUAAUAUUAAUUGUUCGCUAUCUGAUAAAUCCUCCAAGUCCGUGAGGUUUUUGCUUAAAAAUGUGAGCGGAGAAGCAAAACCAGGAAAAUUAUUAGCCAUAAUGGGGCCUUCAGGUUCAGGGAAGACAACAUUGCUCAAUGUGCUUGCCGGUCAGCUCGCAGCUUCGCCUCGGCUUCAUUUGAGUGGCCUUUUGGAGUUCAAUGGAAAACCUAGUUCUAGGAAUAGUUACAAGUUUGCAUACGUGAGACAGGAGGAUCUCUUCUUUUCACAGCUUACUGUGAGGGAAACAUUGUCUCUUGCUAUAGAGCUACAGCUUCCCAACAUAUCUUCUGUUGAAGAGAGGGAUGAAUAUGUCAACAAACUCUUAUUCAAGCUAGGCUUGGUCAGUUGUGCUGAUACUAAUGUUGGUGAUGCCAAAGUCCGUGGAAUAAGUGGUGGUGAAAAGAAACGUUUAUCCUUGGCAUGUGAACUGCUUGCAAGCCCAUCUGUUAUUUUUGCUGAUGAACCCACAACAGGACUCGAUGCCUUCCAGGCUGAGAAAGUUAUGGAAACUCUCCGACAACUUGCACUCGAUGGUCAUACUGUAAUAUGCUCUAUACAUCAGCCAAGAGGUUCCGUGUAUAGCAAAUUCGAUGACAUUGUCUUGCUAACUGAGGGUUCACUUGUUUAUGCCGGUCCUGCCCGCGAUGAACCGUUGACGUACUUCUCAAAAUUUGGGUACCACUGCCCAGAUCAUGUAAAUCCUGCGGAAUUUUUGGCUGAUCUUAUAUCCAUAGACUACAGUUCUUCUGACAGUGUCCGUUCUUCUAAAAAAAGGAUCAAUGGGCUUGUCGAGUCUCUCUCACAAAAAUUACCCACAAUAAUAUAUGCAACUCCAGUUACUCUAGAGGACCUCUCAAAAAGUAGAAAGAGAAUCAGCAAGAGGACUAUAGCAAAAAGGAAAGGAGGAUGGUGGAAGCAAUUCUGGUUGCUUCUUAGACGGGCAUGGAUGCAGGCUUCCCGCGAUGCACCUACCAACAAAGUUCGGGCGAGGAUGUCAAUUGCAUCAGCAGUUAUCUUUGGUUCAGUUUUUUGGCGAAUGGGAAAAUCUCAGACUUCAAUACAAGACAGAAUGGGAUUACUUCAGGUUGCUGCAAUAAACACAGCUAUGGCUGCUCUCACAAAGACUGGAGGUGUGUUUCCAAAGGAACGGGCGAUUGUUGAUAGAGAACGUGCUAAAGGCUCCUACUCCUUGGGCCCAUAUCUGUUUUCUAAACUCUUGGCUGAGAUUCCAAUUGGAGCAGCAUUUCCAUUAAUGUUCGGUGCUAUUUUGUACCCAAUGGCACGUCUCCAUCCUACUUUGAUGAGAUUUGGGAAAUUUUGUGGAAUCGUUACUGCCGAGUCUUUUGCUGCAUCUGCGAUGGGUCUUACUGUUGGUGCUAUGGUUCCAACUACUGAAGCAGCAAUGGCAGUAGGCCCCUCUCUUAUGACAGUUUUUAUAGUAUUUGGUGGCUACUAUGUUAACCCUGAGAAUACCCCGAUUAUCUUCCGCUGGAUUCCUAGUGUUUCUCUGAUAAGAUGGGCCUUUCAAGGACUUUGCAUCAAUGAAUUUCGUGGUCUUCAAUUUGAUCACCAGCAUUCAUUUGAUAUUCAAACUGGAGAACAGGCACUAGAGCGUCUUUCCUUUGGAAAAACUACAAUUAGGGAAACGCUGGCAGCGCAAAAUAGAAUAUUGUUAUUUUGGUAUUGCACCACCUACCUUCUCCUUGAGAAAAACAAGCCCAAAUACCAGCAACUUGAAACAACCCCUUCUGACCACGACAAGCCGCAUUUAAAACUCGAGGAGUUCAAUUCUGAACAGGCUGAUCUGACAUAUGAAGCACCAGAGGUCAGCCAAGUUGGUUCCGACAAGCCCCUCGAGUCACCUGAAGUAGACCCUGUCGGCUCUUUUAUCUUAGAAGGUGCUCAGUAG